UCCUCCUCCCCCCUCCUCUCCGCCCCGGCGGCUCCUCCCCCUCCCCCCUCCUUGUCGGGCAGGACAGUGUUCCGGGCGUUCGACACCUCCCUCACCCACCUCACGGUUCACCAGAGGACGGGGGUCUUUGUUGGUGCCGUCAACCGAGUCCUGAAGCUGUCGUCCAACCUGACGGAGCUGAGGAGUCACAUGACCGGACCGGUGGAGGACAACGCCAAGUGUUACCCUCCCCCGAGCGUCAGGGCCUGUGCUCACCGCCUGGAGUCUUCAGACAACGUGAACAAGCUCCUCCUGGUGGACUACCUGGGGAACCGGCUGGUAGCGUGCGGCUCCAUCUGGCAGGGAGUGUGUCAGUUCCUGCGUCUGGAGGAUCUCUUCAAACUCGGAGAACCUCACCAUCGCAAAGAACAUUACUUGUCCGGAGCCAGAGAGGCUGAUGGGAUGGCAGGUGUGGUUGUGGGUGAGGACGACUGGACGUCUGACCCCAAGAAGAAGAAGCCGGCGAAGGGCGGCAGCCGCCUGUUCAUCGGUGCCGCCAUCGACGGGAAGUCGGAGUAUUUCCCGACACUGUCGAGCAGGAAGCUGGUGGCGGAUGAGGAGAGUGUGAACAUGUUCUCGCUGGUCUACCAGGACGAGUUUGUCUCCUCGCAGAUCAAGAUCCCAUCGGACACACUGUCGCUGUACCCAGCCUUCGACAUCUACUACGUCUACGGCUUCUCCAGCCGCACCUACGUCUACUUCCUGACGCUGCAGCUGGACACGCAGCUGACACAGAUGGACGCCGGCGGCGAGAAGUUCUUCACCUCAAAAAUUGUCCGUAUGUGCUCCAAGGACACAGAAUUCUACUCGUACGUGGAGUUUCCUCUGGGCUGCACCAAGGAUGGUGUGGAGUACCGGCUGGUCCAGGCCGCGUACAAACACAAGCCAGGGCGCCGGCUGGCUCAGGCGCUCGGUCUGUCUGAGGACGACGACGUGCUGUUUGUCGUCUUCUCUCAGGGACAGAAGAAUCGCUCUAACCCGCCCAGAGAGACCGUCCUCUGUCUCUUCACACUCUUUGAAAUCAACCUGGCCAUGAGAGAGAGGAUCCGCUCUUGUUACCGUGGAGAGGGACGACUCUCGUUACCAUGGUUACUCAACAAGGAGCUGCCCUGCAUCCACACGCCGAAGCAGAUCGGAGACGUGUUCUGUGGUCUGGUGCUGAACCAGCCGCUCGGAGGCCUCAGGGUCAUCGAGGGCCACCCGCUGUACGAGGACCGCACCGAGGGCAUGGGCGCUGUAGCAGCGUACACCUACGGAGAAUACACGGUGGUGUUUGUGGGAACCCGGAGCGGACAACUGAAGAAGAUCCGUGUGGAUGGGAUCCCACCCCCGACCCAGAAUGCUUUGCUGUAUGAGACGGUGACGGUGGUGGAAGGAAAACCUAUUCUCAGAGACAUGGUGUUCAGUCCUGAUUAUCAAUACAUCUACCUGCUGAGUGACAGACAGGUCACCAGACUUCCUGUAGAGACAUGUGAUCAGUACAGCAGCUGCUCAGACUGUCUUGGAUCUGGAGACCCUCACUGUGGAUGGUGUGUCCUCUUCAACAAGUGUUCCACACUGGAAGCCUGUGAGAAGUGGGAGGAGCCUCAGCACUUUAACACUCAGCUGGACCAGUGUGUCGACAUCACUGUUACCCCGAGCAACAUGUCCGUCACCUCACCACCGACGCAGUUGACCAUACGGGUGCAGAAUGUUCCUGCUCUGACCGGCGGCGUCUCCUGCGUGUUUGAGGACCUGAGUGAAAGCAGCGCAGAGGUGAUGGAGGACGGUCAGGUGGUGUGUGUGUCACCGUCACUGAGAGAGCUGCCCACACACACACACACACACUCCCCUGGUGAGCAGCGUGUGGUUCAGCUCAGUCUUCGAUCCACAGAAACAAAACAGAAAUUCAUCAGCACCAACUUCAUCUACUACAACUGCUCUGUGCUCGACUCGUGUACUUCCUGUGUGAGCAGUGUGUUCCCGUGUCACUGGUGUAAAUACCGUCACACCUGCACCAACAACCUGCAGGACUGUUCUUUCCAGGAGGGACGAGUGAGCAACAUGGAGGGUUGUCCUCAGAUCCUCCCGACCUCUGACAUCCUGGUUCCGGCCGGGAUGGUGCGUCCAAUCACGCUGCGAGCUCGUAAUCUGCCGCAGCCUCAGUCGGGUCAGAAGAAUUAUGAGUGUGUGUUUAACAUCCAGGGCAAAGUUCAGAGGAUUCCUGCCGUCCGCUUCAACUCGUCCUGCAUUCAGUGUCAGAACACCUCGUACUGGUAUGAGGGCGAUGAAGUCGGUGACCUCCCUGUGGACUUUUCCAUCGUCUGGGAUGGAGACUUCUUCAUCGACAAGCCUGCGUCCAUGAAAGCGUUGCUGUACAAGUGCGAGGCUCAGCGCUCCAGCUGCGGUCAGUGUCUCAAAGCGCCUGCUGCGUUCGAGUGCGGCUGGUGUACGGAAACCAGGAGGUGUCUCCUGCAGCAACAUUGCCCCGCCCCCGAAGACAACUGGAUGUACCACGGUCGACACAACCUGCGCUGUAGCCACCCGCGCAUCACCAAGGUGAGAACGCCAAGUCACUUGCUCCUCUCUCCUGACACUUUACCCCUCCCUCCUGACACUUGCUCCUCCCUCCUGACACUUUACCGCUCCCUCCUGACACUUGCUCCUAGUGCUCCUCCCUCUCAGAUCCGACCACUGGCCGGGGCCUGUGAGCGGGGACCAGUGACUGAGGGGAGGAGACCUGGAGUCUUCAGGAUUGUGUGCGACAUGGCCGAAGCGCUCCUCCCUCACUCUCCCGGCGGUCCCGGCGAGCUCUGUAUCGGCGUCUGCAGCGCUGAGUACCGGACUCUGUCCACGCAGACGUACUCUUUCGUGAGCCCAAUCUUCAGCCGCGUUUGGCCGGAGAAGGGUCCCGUCUCCGGGGGAACCAGGUUAAAGGUGACGGGCCGAUACCUGGACGCCGGCAGCAGCGUCAGUGUUUUCAUCGACAAGGAGGAGUGUUUGUUCGUCAAACGGACCAAUCGGGAAAUAAUCUGCAUAACUCCCGCCUCCCUGUCAGGCUCUGGCCCCGCCCCCAUCCGUCUGAUGAUCGACAGAGCUGAGGUGACGAGUUUAGAGACCAAAUAUAUUUACACUGAAGACCCGACGAUCAGCAGCAUCGAACCCAACUGGACCAUCCUGAAUGGUAGUACAGUGAUUACAGUAACAGGAACAAACUUGCAGACCAUUCAAGAACCCAAAGUCCGAGCAAAGUUCGGAGGAGUGGAAACUAGCAAUUUGUGCUCCAUCGUCAAUGACAGCACCAUGACCUGUUUGGCUCCUGGACUGGUUUACAGUAAACCCCACCCACCAGAGGGGGCACUGCGCCCCGAUGAGUUUGGCUUCAUCUUUGACCAGGUGUCGGCACUGCUCAUCCUAAACUCCAACCCCUUCAUGCACUACCCCAACCCGACCUUCCUGAAGGGUAAGAACUUGGUCCCGCCCACCCCUGGUAACAACCGUCUGAACUACACAGUUCUGAUUGGAGAGUCUCCGUGUCAGCUGACUGUGUCAGAGAACCAGCUGCUCUGUGAUUCGCCGGAUUUGACCGGAGAGCAGCGAGUCAUGGUCAGGACACUCACACUCAACACAGGCGUACCACAGGGCUGUGUGCUGAGCCCAUUCCUCUACUCCCUCUUCACCCACGACUGCAGGCCUGUACAUGGAUCCAACAACAUCGUCAAGUUUGCGGAUGGUACAGCGGUGAUUGGCCUCAUCAGUAACAACGAUGAGACAGCCUACAGGGAGGAAGUGAGACAUCUGGCCGCUUGGUGCGCUGACAACAACCUGCUCCUUAACACCAGCAAAACAAAGGAGCUCAUCGUGGACUUCAGGAGAGAAAGUAGAAACACGAACAACCCCAUUCACAUCAACAGGAUGGCUGUAGAACGUGUUUCCAGCUUUAAGUUCCUGGGGACCCACAUCACAGAGGACCUCUCCUGGUCCACCAACACCUCCAGUCUGCUGAACCCUUCCUAUGCCCCUCCCCCUCAUCAUGUCCCCCCCACUUCCUGUCGCGCUGCUCUGACCACUCGAGGCAGGAAACAAAGUGAGGGAGGAGUUAGGAUUGACUGGGCCCCACCCCCCUCCUCAUAG